AUGCCACAUCUCAAUCUUCCCCCACCCUUCGCCCAAAUCCCCCGCCACCCCCUCCUCUACCCCCACCACUCCCCAAUCCACCCCCUCCCCGCCCUAACCAAACACCUCCUCCCAACCCACAACAAAAUAACCCUACACGCCAAACGCGAAGACCAAGCCUCCCCGCUCGCCAGCGCCGGCAACAAAUAUCGCAAACUCGAAUACCUCGUCCCGGACAUCCUCUCCCCGACCCCGCAAUACGGGGGCCUGGGCCCCAGCCCCGAGCGGGGGAGUGCGCCCCCACCACCACCCCCAUCAUCAACCACCAGAACGAAAAAAACAACAACCCUAGUCACAGAAGGCGCCCUCCAAAGCAACCACACCGUGCAAGUCGCCGCCCUCGCCAACCACCUCCGCCUCGACGCCGUGCUCCUCCUCCACAAGACCACCGGCGGCGGAUGGCGCGCCGCCCCGGACCCGCGCGCCUUCGCGCGCUCCGGCAACGUCCAGAUCGCGGGCCUGCUCGGCGCAGAGAUCCGUCUGCUCGAGUCGGCCAAUAACGAAGACGAAGACGCAAGCACAGCUGACGACGAUGACCCCAUCGCCGCAAUCAUCCACACCCUCCGCACCCAGCACGGCAAAAUUCCCUACUGGAUCCCCUCGGGCGCCAGUCUGCAUCCCCUGGGCGGACUGGGGUACGCGCGCUGCGCGUUUGAGAUUGCGGCGCAGGAGGAGGAGCAGGAGGAGGAGUCCCAAAAUGCCCCAAACCCCCAAACCUCUUCGCAGAAGUCCCAAUUCCGGUAUGACUAUAUCUUCGUCGCCUGCGGGAGCGGGAGUACCCUCGGCGGAUUGAUCGCGGGGUUCAAGUUGCUCGAGAAGAUGGAGAUAGCGAAACACCCCCAAACAACAGCAACCGCAGCAGCAGGGCAGCAACGACCCCGACCCCGACCCCCUCGGAAAAUCAUUGGCGUGCUCACAUCCCCCACCAGCCCGAAAGCCUACCACGAGGCGCGCGUGCUGCGGUUCGCGCGGCAGGCGGCCGGCCGGAUCGGAUUGGAUCCGCAGCGCGAUGUCACGGCGGAUGAUGUGACGCUCGAGGACCGGUUCGUGGGCGCCGGGUAUGGGGUGCUGGAUCCGGAGACCAAGCACACAAUCAAUAUGAUGGCGCGCACGGAGGCCGUCGUCCUCGAUCCCGUGUAUACGGCCAAGGUGGCGCGGGCGAUGAUGCAUUGGGUGGGAACGGGCGAGUUGGAGGAGGAUUGGCGGCGAAGGAUGACCGACACUGGGAAGACCGCUGAGGAGCCCGACUCGGUGAAUGUGCUCUUUAUACAUACCGGGGGCCAAUCGGCGUUGAGUGCGUAUGCGGAUGUGGAGUAA